UGGUUCUUGUUAUUUUGGCGGCUUUUCAAUUCUGUCAAUUUCUUUAUUUAAUUUAAUUACAAUUGUAUUUCUAAUUCUUAUUUGCUUGAUUCACAUUUACUUUUAAUUGUUUUUCUAUCAAUUUUAUCAUCUAUUAAUGUUUCUAUCAUUUGUGUCAAGUGAAUUGAGAAUAUCUUCUGACUGUAACUUCUGUUUUCUCUCUUGCUCUUUUGUUUGAGAGAAAAGUGUUUUUUUUUGUUUAAGCUUUUAUAAUGUUGAGAAAAACAGCUCCAAGUCAGGUGAUUAAGCGUCGCAGUGGUGAUUUUGAUGAUCGACCCAAUAAACGUAAUAGUCGUGGAAGCAAUUCUGCUAAAAAAGAUGCUUCUGAAAAUGAUCCUGGUAAAGAAAACAUUAAACACGAAGAUUUGAUCUCCCAAAUAUUGUCACAACCAUUCAAAGUUCCCAUCAAAGGUUAUCUUGGAAGUUCUUUGAGUAAAUCACUUGGUAUUCGGAGAAAUGGUGGUAGAAGACCUUUACACGACCCUUUUGCCGACAAUGCUCUGAUUCUCUAUUCACCACCAGAAUAUAGUGAACAUGAUAAACUCAAGAUGAAGCCUGAAGAUAUCGAAGUCCACGUUGUGGUUGACCCGGUUCUCGGAAGGAUUUUAAGACCUCAUCAACGUGAGGGUGUUGCUUUUAUGUAUGACUGUGUCACUGGAAAGCAAAUUGAAGGAAGCAACGGUUGUAUCAUGGCCGAUGAAAUGGGUUUGGGUAAAACUCUACAAUGUAUCACAUUGAUGUGGACUUUACGACAAGGACCAAAGGCUGAACCAAUAAUCAAAAACGCUAUGAUAGUUUGUCCAAGUAGUUUGGUACGUAAUUGGUACAACGAGAUAAACAAAUGGUUGAAUGGACGGUUAAACGCUUACGCUGUUGAUAACGGUUCUAAAGAAGAUGUUGACAGAAAUUUGCGAAUGUUCAUCAAUCCAAGUGGUCGACGUUGUGUGAUUCCAGUUUUGAUAAUUUCUUAUGAAACUUUUCGUCUUCAUACUGAUGUUCUUUACCUUGGUGAAGUGGGUUUGACCAUUUGCGAUGAAGGUCAUCGAUUGAAAAACAUGGAAAAUCAAACUUAUACUGCCUUGAACGCUUUAAACUCUAAAAGACGUGUCCUCCUGUCGGGUACACCGAUUCAAAACGAUCUAUUGGAAUAUUUCAGUUUGGUUCAUUUCGUCAAUCAAGGUAUUCUUGGAACAGCUCAAGACUUCAAAAAGAAAUACGAGAAUCCAAUUCUUCGUGGCCGUGAUGCCGCAGCUUCAGACAAAGAUAAUGAACUGGGUAAAGAGAGAUUGGAAGAACUAAUUUCGAUUGUACAAAAAUGUAUGAUUAGACGUACCUCUGAUUUACUUUCGAAAUAUUUACCUUCGAAAAUCGAACUCAUCGUUUGUUGUGGCUUUUCAUCUCUACAAGAAAAUCUCUACAACAAAUUCAUCGAAUCGAAAGCUGUCUCAAACAUCACCAACAUGGAAGGUAAAGGAGGUGCCAAUUCCUCUCUCAAAGCAAUCACUUUUCUCAAGAAAUUGUGUAAUCAUCCUGAGCUUAUUCUCGAUACAAUUAACAAAGAUCCCGGUUUCUCUAACCUUCGAAAAUAUUUCCCAGAAGAAUUAUCAAAUUCUUCUGCUCGAGGUGUUCGAGUUGAACUUUCGGGUAAACUUCGAGUUGUUGAUCAUCUAUUAGCUUUAAUCAAAUCAACUACUGACGAUAAAGUUGUUCUUGUUUCCAAUUAUACACAAACAAUGGACCUUUUCGAGAAACUUUGUCGCCAUAGGGGUUAUCAAUAUGUUCGUCUUGAUGGAACCAUGUCAAUCAAGAAACGAGCCAAAGUUGUCGAAAGAUUCAACGAUCCCAAUGGAUCAGAAUUUAUAUUCAUGUUAAGUAGUAAAGCGGGAGGUUGUGGAUUGAAUUUAAUUGGUGCCAAUCGAUUGGUGAUGUUUGAUCCUGAUUGGAAUCCAGCCAACGAUGGUCAAGCAAUGGCUCGAGUUUGGAGAGAUGGACAGAGAAAAACUUGUUUCAUUUAUCGUUUACUUUGUACUGGAAGUAUCGAGGAGAAAAUAUUCCAACGUCAAACUCAUAAAAAAGCUUUGAGUUCUUGCGUUGUCGACAAUGAAGAAGAUGUCGCUCGUCAUUUUAGUCUAUCAGAGCUUAAAGAACUGUUUAGACUGGAAAAAGGUCAUCCCAGUCACACUCAUUCGAAGCUCCAUUGUAAAAGGUGUGUCAAUGGUGUUCAAAUUAAAUUACCUCCCGAAGAUGCUGAUUGCAAUGGUGACCUUAAAGAUUGGCAUCAUUGUUAUGAAAAGAAAAAUAUUCCCGAUCAAAUGCUUAAAUCGGCCUGGGACAGCGGAGUUACAUUUGCUUUCCAUCAAAAGUCAAAGGUUAUCAAAGUGGUACCUUAAUUGUCCAAUCGGAUGGGUGAUUAAGAAAUAAAGAAGCUGUAAAUACAACAACAAUCAACAGAAUUUGACAAUUGACAAAAAAAAUGAUUCUAUUUUUCCAGUUAAAUUAUAUGUUCAUUUUAAAAGGUUGUGUAAUUAACUAGUUGAAAUUAAUUUUCUAAAAUUGAUUCUCUUUAUUAACUCUUGUAUAAUGUUUAUAAAUCAAAUUAAAUCAUCUACCCAUUUACUAGAAAA